AUGCUGAAAAAGUUUAAGGCUUUUCUUAACAAAGAAAACUUCGACAGUUCAAAUGGAUUUGUGGAUCCGUAUAAAUAUCAUUUUACUUCUUAUUAUAUAUUAAAAUAUUUUCAAGUGUUAGAUAAUGAACCUAUUCCAAAAUGGACAUAUUUUUUCCUAACAUUUAUGGCUAUAUGUGCUAUUAUCGCCCUAGGCUUAAUGAGCUUAGCUGUUUACCAUGGCAUCGAUACGAAUGAUUUACAAAUUAUAACUGAAGGAGGUUGUUACUUUAUUAUACAAUUUUAUGAAAUGUUGAUGCUUUUAUGCACAAUAAUAAACUUACCGCAAUACCACGAUUUCUUACGAACUUUGAGAGAUGAUUUUAAAUAUGUUUGCUCAGAAGGGGCAAAAUACAGGGACAGGUUUUUUGAAAAUCAACUAAAUACAUGGAAAUUUUCCAUUUUUUCCGUAAUUUUUACAAGCUUUAUUGGUGGAGGUGUGGCGUUAUUUACAAGUCUUUGCUUAUUUGCAUCACCACUCUAUGAAAUAUCAUUUAUUUAUUCCAACUUUUGUGCAUUAGCUUAUGCUUAUAGUUAUAUAUUUAUGCUUCAAACGCAAGUAUUGUGGAUUGGUGAAAUAAUGGCAAAGGCAGAUCUAAUAAUUUGGUAUAUCCAAGAUCUGAUGGAGGGGCUUGACUUACCGAAUAAUCAAGAAGAGGCUGAUAGAUUCAUAUCAGUAAUAAAAUCAAGGAUGAGAGAAAUAGUACGUGAGCAUCAUUCAAUGUACAAACUUCUGAAAAACUAUACCACAGUUUAUAAAAAAUUACUUAUGUUUGAACAAAAAGCUUCCGGUCCUGUGGUCUGUUUCACCGCCUACUGCGCCGCUGAGCAACUAAAAGUUGGAGAAGUCAAUGGAAUAUUAAUGUUACUUUGUGGUGGAACUAUAAUAGAAGUAUUUAUUCCAAGUUACUUGUGCACUAUUCUUAGCAUAAAGGUAAGAUCAAUUGGCGAUGCUUGUCUGGAUAUUCCUUUUUGGAAUAUUGGCCUAGUUAUACGACCCUACAUGGUUUUAAUAAUGCAAAAAUCAUUACGACCACUUCAACUCAGUGCCCCUGGUUUCCAAGAAGUAUCUGUUCAGACAUUUUCCAACACAAUGGCAUCAGCUUAUUCUUUUUUCAACAUGUUGCGACAGACAGACCUUUAA